AUGGACCAGAGGGAAGGAGAUGUCAGGGUCUACAUCAUCUCCGGUUUCUUCUUCUCCUGCAUCGUCUCCGGCGGUGUCUUCCUUGGCCUUUACAUGUUUCUCCCCGAAACUCUAUCCUCAGCUUGGUAUCCCAUUGCAGGAAUGAUACUUGUCUCCGUUCCCUGGGCCUUUUGGUUCUUCACCUUCUUGUACCGUUGCUUCAAACCCGACCAUCCUCCCCCGCAAUUCGACAGCAGUGCCCGCUUCUCCAAGGGUGGCAGCAGCACGCGAGAUCCAUCGACAGCAAAUGGCAGCCCCAUAGCGGCAACAGCGACCAACGCCAUGGCCUCCGAGUCUCCAAAUGGGGAGUCCCCUGGUGGCGGCAGUGAGCGACGGGUUCAAUUUGGGCCGGUUGUCGUUUUGGGAGGCCAGGGUGAAGGCCAUGCAGGUGCGGCAACAACAAGGGAUCAUCACGAACAAGAAGCAAAUGAGGCUUCAAAUUGCUCUAGAGAAAGCGAAAUGCCUUUAAGAUUAUCGAUUUAG